UACCCAAAUGGAAGUCCUAGGAAAGGUAUACCUGUCGAUGUCUCCAAGGCGGAGGCAACUCUACUUAAAUAAGCUAAGAAAAUUCUUUCCAAAUUCCUCCAUUCGGAAAAAGAAAAGAACAGGGCAAAGGGAAAUAGCGCCACAACCUUUGUGGCUAUCCGUCUACUCCGAUCCCAAAAAAUAUCUCUUCGAAUUUGUUCUAACCCUAAUGUUGUACUUGAAGGGGUUUGUUCGGGUUUAUUCCUCUUGACUCAAAGCCGUUGCAAACUGGUGCUUUUGAUCCCUGUAUUUUGAUGGAAAAGCUUGAGAUUAUAAGCAUAAGCACCGAUUGUCAUCUCCAAAACCCUCGAACCUUCGAUCUUUCUGCCGAUUUCUAGUGCCCCCUCUGGAUUCCUGAGUUGUUUUGGUUCUCGUUCGCAGCUCGAUUCCCAGUUCUCCCCGUGCUCUGUUCAUUAGCUGAGCGUUCUUCUUCUAAAACGCCCAAUAGAACCCUAGUUUGCUUUAGUUUUUAGAUCUGUAACGAGAGUACGAGAUGGAGCGAGUAUUUUGAUUUCUUGUGGGAAACAAAGCGAUCUUUUUUUUCACUGGGUCGUUGUUCGAAUCACAAUCCUUCCUUUUGCUUUAUGGGCUGUUAAUCUCUUCUUGUAAGCAUUCCUUUGGGUGUUUUGUUUCUUGGGAGGAUGGUUUUGUGGGAAGGCUAUGUCAGUGAUGAGGUGAUGGGCACGUUUGCCCCCAUUGUUGUUUAUUGGCUCUACGCCGGCAUGUAUCAGCUGUUACCCCCAUUGGAUCGUUACCGGUUGCACACUAGAAAAGAAGAAGAGCAGAAGAACUUGGUGCCCCUGUUGUCGGUGGUUAAGGGUGUUCUACUUCAGCAGCUUGUUCAAGCCACUGUUGCGCAAGUUCUGUUUCUGAUAACUUCAAGUGCAACAGGGACUCCAAUUCAACCAUCCAUAUUAGUUCAACUCAUCCAGAUCUUUGUGGCGAUGCUAGUGAUGGACACAUGGCAAUAUUUUGUGCACCGUUACAUGCAUCAGAACAAGUUCCUUUAUCGCCAUAUUCACUCCCAACAUCAUCGUCUGGUAGUUCCUUAUGCAAUUGGAGCCCUCUACAACCAUCCAUUGGAGGGUCUCCUUCUGGACACCUUGGGUGGGGCCAUCUCAUUCCUGAUCUCAGGGAUGACAGCACGAACAGCUGUUUUUUUCUUCUGCUUUGCGGUGAUGAAGACUAUUGAUGAUCACUGUGGCCUCUGGCUGCCUGGCAACAUCUUUCACAUUUUCUUCAAGAACAACACUGCCUACCAUGACAUCCACCAUCAGCUUCAGGGCUCAAAGUAUAACUACUCUCAGCCGUUCUUUUCUAUUUGGGACAAGAUGUUGGGCACUUACAUGCCCUACAGCUUAGUCGCCCGCCAGGAAGGGGGGUUGGAGGCAAGACCAUCGAAAGACUAGUUUUAACCUCUCAUCAAUAUAUAGGUCUUUAUCUACAACGUUAGUUGUCGCGCUACUCUGAAGAUCAAAGAAGCAAGGCAAUUAUCAUCAUUUUCCAAGGCUAAUGAAUAUAGGAGAAGAUGGAGAUGUUUCCAUCAAAAUGUAUUGCUUGUUUCUUUGGCUGUGUCAUUUGAUAGUCAGCUAUAGCCCUUUCUGACUGCUCUUUGGAGAGUGCAUCUCUUGUUGAAUCAGCUUUUUAUAUCUUUCUUUUGUUUUUGGUUAUGUAGAGUUUUGAGUUUUGUUAAUAUCAGGCAGGUCAUGUAUCGAAUCUGGAAGUUGCUACUAAUAUGUUUGGCAGAUUAUGGAAACCGAUAUUCUAAUGUUAUUUAUCUUAGUUAGGCA